AUGCAUGUGGGUGUGAGCAUCGCCGACGACGACACCUGUUGUCCAUUUGCCGCCGCAGUUGAGAUGGCAGAGGUGGAAGACAGCGGCGGGGUGGGCCGUCUGUCUCAGCUCGAGGCCAACUACCUUAAUGGACCGUCGAAGAGCAGCACUGCAUUGUCGUUUGAGGCGCUCCUCGAUACUCUCAUCUGCCUUUACGAUGAGUGCUGUAGCAGUACAUUGCGUAAGGAAAAAUGUGUCGCAGAAUUUGUUGAAUCGGUCAAAGCUGUGGUAACACAAGCAAAAGAGCUGAGAUUAUGUCGCGAUGAUUUCGAGCUUCUCAAAGUGAUCGGAAAAGGAGCUUUCGGCGAGGUGGCCGUUGUGAGGAUGCGAGGUGUCGGAGAGAUCUAUGCGAUGAAAAUAUUGAACAAAUGGGAGAUGCUAAAACGGGCAGAGACAGCGUGUUUUCGUGAGGAACGCGAUGUACUUGUUUAUGGAGACAGGCGAUGGAUCACCAAUCUGCACUUUGCAUUCCAGGAUGAGAAAAAUUUGUAUUUCGUAAUGGACUACUACGUGGGCGGAGAUAUGUUAACGUUAUUAUCGAAGUUCGAGGAUCGUAUUCCGGAGACGAUGGCUCGGUUCUACAUCGCUGAAAUGGUGCUAGCAAUCGACUCGAUACACAAUCUGGGUUACGUUCACAGGGAUGUGAAACCAGAUAACGUAUUGCUCGACAUACAAGGUCAUAUACGGCUAGCUGAUUUCGGAAGUUGUCUUCGAUUACUACCAGAUGGCACAGUGGCCUCAAAUGUCGCUGUUGGAACGCCGGAUUAUAUAUCGCCAGAGAUCCUGCGAGCAAUGGAGGAUGGAAAAGGGCAUUAUGGGAAAGAAUGCGAUUGGUGGUCAUUAGGGAUAUGCAUGUACGAAAUGCUCUAUGGAAACACACCAUUCUAUUCGGAACGCCUGAUCGAUACCUAUGGAAAAAUUAUGAGCCAUCAAGACAUGCUCGAUUUCCCCGACGAGGACGUGGAUUGGACGAUAUCCGAAGAAGCAAAGGACUUGAUACGAAAGUUGAUAUGUCCUAGAGAAGUUCGGCUUGGUAAAGGAGGUUUUGCGGAUUUCCGUGACCACCCGUUUUUCGCCGGAGUCGACUGGACCGCAAUAAGAGAUUCGGACCCUCCAUACCAUCCAGAAGUGUCUAGUCCAACAGAUACGUCAAACUUUGACGUUGAUAUUUGUGAGGAUGACUUUACACCUUGUGAAACUCAACCACCCCGAGUAACUGCCGCUUUUACGGGUCAUCAUCUACCAUUUAUUGGUUUUACGUACACACACGGGAGUUUGCUCUCCGACGCAAAAUCGCUGAGCGACUGUUUAUCACGAGAUACAUCUGGAGCAGAUCAGAACCGAUCAGCGGGGGCUGAAGCUUACGAGAAAAGAUUACGAGAUCUUGAAGUUGAGAAGCAAGAGCUGGCAAGGAAAUGUCAAGAGGCAAAUCAGCUGGUGCAGUCAUUUGCUGGCGAACUCCGAUCGGAGGAGGAUAAGAACUAUGAACAAACGAUUGCCCAGCUAAAAGAUGAGAUUCAGAUCUUGAAAACUCGUCUCGCUGAUGAGACGGCGUCGAAGGAACGUGCAGCAACAGCAAAAGAUCCGGCCGUCGAAGAUUUGGAGAAGAAGGUUCGAGAGUUGAAGGAGAAGAAUCGACAACUCAUCUUGGAGAAAACGGAGCUGCAGCGGGAACUAGAAGAAGGUGCGGAGAAGCUGACUAUCCAGACUAAAGAGUGGAAAGAAGCUAUCAAGCAUCGCGAAUCGGCUAAAGCAGACUUCGAAGAGCUCAAUAAUGAACUGCUUGAUGAGAGAAGCAAAGCUCGUCGACUGGAGAAAGAAGCAGCUGAGACAGAGACGAAGUUAGCUCAACUUCAAUCCAGAGUCGAUAGUCUCAAGGCGGACUUGAGGAAAGCAGAGAGCACUCGUCACGACAUCGACAUGGAGCUUGCGAAGGCAAAACAAGCAGCAGAGUCUGAGCGUCUGCUUAAAGAAGGAUUGCAGGCCAAGUUGGCAGCAUUUGGCGACGAAAAGCCUGGUGAGGAGGCACGUCGACUUGGGGAAGAGCUAGAGAGGUUGAACGAACGUCACGCUGAGAUUGUUGCACAAGAGGACAAGAAGAGGAAACAACUAGUAGAGCAUUACCAGGGCCAAUUAGCCGAACUGCAGUCCCAAUUCGAUGAAAAGGAUGUUGAGUUAAGAACUGCUCGCGCUAAACUAGAAGAAGAAAGGGCACAGUUUGCGCUCCAGCAAGAACAAAAUUCGAAGAAUGUGGAAGUGCAAUAUGAUCGUCUACAGAAAGCGUUCGAAGAGAAUACGGCUCAGUUGAAGUUAGAGAAUGAUACACUACGAGCAGAGCUUGCGAGGCUACACGCUGAGAUUGAAAUGACUCGACCUGGCAUCAACGAGCAACAACUUCAUGAGAUUCUUAACUGGGUUAAUGAGGAGAAAGCAACAAGGGAGGAGAUGGAGUUGCUGACUCGACGAAUAACUGGUGAUAUUGAGACGUUGAAGCUUCAGAAUGGCACUAAUGGCGGUACGCCAAAUGGUCAAUACAGCAAUAUCACGACACCUGCAUCUGGAUGGGGAUCAAGGCGUAUGAACAAAGCGGCAAAGAUGGAGAUCUUGGAUGCCAAGAAAGCCCUGAAUGCAGAGAUCCGAGCGAAAUGUGAGCUCCAAGAAGAGUUGAGCAAAACAAGAUCUGCAUUGUUUGCCUCCAAAGCUCGUUUGGAUGAGUGCGAGGAGCGGUUAGCUGCAUCGAGAAGAGAGAACGAGUCAUUGAAAGCUGAACUUCGUGCUGGGAGCCGCGAUAGUGUUGAAGAUGGACGAGCAUUCUUUAAUAUGGUGCCAGAGGGACGUACUUCAACUCCACGUGAUUCUGUGCAUAACUCAUUCAGUACUGACUAUGAAAUAUCAAAUAGCAGAAGAUACGGUGGUACAGCGUUAUCAUCACCAGCUCCACCACCACCGGCCUACGAGAACACCGUUAGACACAGCCAAACUCCUUCAACAGCUUCCACAAUGUUGGUUGGUAACAGAGGAGCGAGUCCGAAGGUGAUACAAUCACUUAACAAUGCGUUGAGCGGACGAGGUCAUCAGUUCCAACAUGUUCAUUUAAAUGCGCCAACAAAAUGUGGACAUUGUACCUCAAUACUGGUUGGAUUAGAUCGGCAAGGUCUCUAUUGCCAAACGUGUCACUACGCGUGCCAUGUUCACUGUUCCUCCCGAGUUGUACCACAAUGUCCUGUACCACCUGACGCGCGGAGACCACUUGGUAUUGAUCCCCUGAAAGGUGUUGGAACCGCAUACGAAGGGUUAGUGAGAACGCCGAGAGCUGGUGGAGUGAAAAAGGGUUGGCAACAUACCUAUGUUGUUGUGUGCGAUUUCAAGCUGUAUCUGUAUGAUUGUGUAACCGAUCGUCAAAAUAAGGCUAACGAAAUCCAGCCAGUAAUUCGACAGGUGCUAGACAUGAGAGACCCGGAUUUUGGAGUGACUGGAGUUAGCGAGCAGGAUGUGAUCCAUGCCAAUAAGAACGAUCUGGCGAAGAUUUUCCGGAUAACAACCAGCCAAAUCCAAGGAGCUUCCGUUACCGACGACGGAACAGCAAAUAGACAAUAUACUUUGCUGAUGGCGGAUAGUCAAGAGGAACGGAAGAAAUGGGUCAUAGCACUCAAUGAGUUAAAAACCCUCCUCAAGAGGUCACGGUUGGCAGAUCGAAGCGCGUUCAGCGUAAAGGAAGUUUUCGAUGUUGCCAGCUUACCCUCAAUCCGAGUAGCUCAAUGUGCCACUGUAAUUGAUCGAACUAAAGUGGUCAUUGGUUUUGCAGAUGUAGGACUGUACUGUGUGGAAUUGGAUAGAGAGACAUUGGUGGCAGUUGGUGGUGAGAAAGAGAACAAGGGAAGAUUUGUAGAGAAAGUCGAGUACAAUCCUUCGGAACAGCUUCUACUCGUUAUGGUUGGACCUCCGAAAGAUCGACAUGUUCGGCUCAUUCCCUCAGCUGCUCUCGAUGGUCGCGAUUUGAAAUGGAUUAAGGUUGCCGACACAAAAGGUUGUCAUUUGAUGGCAAUGGGUGCUGGUUCGGUUGCCGGUACGGCGUCCGUAAGUCCUGCAGGAAACGUGCACUAUAUUGCUGUGGCAAUUAAGAAGAGCGUUAUCGUGUACCAAAUCGAUCGCAGUGAAAAGAGGCACAGAAAGUGGAAGGAACUAGCGAUGCCAGGAUUGCCUCAGUCGUUGGCGAUUGAAGGUGGUAGACUUGUUGUUGGAUUCACACACUCGUUCCGAGCAUGGGCGCUCGGUGAUCAGAACAACACGAAGCACAUCUCUCUCGUGAAUAUGGAAGACCAGUCGUUGCAAUUCCUUAGCCAGUCGAACUACGAGGCUCAACUAAUGGUUGAAGUAGCGGGAGAGUCUACGGAGCCGUCGUCGAGAGAAUAUCUACUCGUAUUCGAUAAGCUAGGCCUAUACGUGGAUGCGCAAGGCCGAAGGAGUCGCUCACAAGAGUUGAUGUUUCCGUCUGCGCCUCGUCCUGGCGGCUUUGCACAUCUCAGCCCUCAUCUGUGCGUGUAUUCUGAAAACGAAAUCGAUGUGUUCAACGUGAUGUCCGCAGAGUGGAUUCAAACCAUCAAUUUAAGAACCGCUAUUCCCUUAACACCUAAUGGACUUUUAUCUCUAUGUGUGGUGAACGAUGCACCGUUUGUGGUAAUGCUCUGCGACGUGCUUUCAGACGAAGACUUAUUGUACGUGCCGCAAACUUCAUCCAACACAUCAACAUCUUCAAUAGGAAAGCGAAGUAAAGGGAAACGAAAGUUUUCCGUAAGAGUGCCUGGAAAAGACGAACCUCGUCCUGGUGAUCGUCGAAGUAAUUUGCCUAUAUCUGGUCCAAGUGAUUUUAUGCACAUUGUUCACAUGGGUCCUGGUUCUGUGCACGAGUUGCAGAGUUUCAUCGAUCUGCAACCUCAAGGAGGGCAUAACCAAUCAGCUGGCGAUCGAGUACGUGGACUGAUUCCAAUAAUGAGAAGCACUAGCUCGUCAUCUACUUCGACACAUCCAGUGAAACAGCUGGGUGGAUCGAAGCAAGACAUUGAACAGAUGCAUCGUACGAGACCUUUAAGUACGACCAGUAAAAGCUCUGAGGGUUCAUCGUUGGGUCGAGAUGGCAACACCACGACGUCAUCAACUAGUUGUGAGAACCCUUAUUUGGAACCUAUAUCAAAGCAGCAAGCCAACAUCUCAGCACUCCCACAGUCUCCUUCUUCUCCUUUAUCCAGGACGAAUCAACAAUAG